GCCCCGCCCUGCUCUUUGCAGGACGUCACCAAGGACUGCAGGGGCCUGAGCCGCUGCCGCCGCCUCCGCUGCCGCGCAGCCCCACAUCAACGCACUGGGGGCCCCGUCGCCACCGCUAGGGUCACCACCACAUCACUGCAGGGCAAGAUGGCAUCUGCCACAGACUCGCGCUAUGGGCAGAAGGAGUCCUCGGACCAGAACUUUGACUACAUGUUUAAGAUCCUCAUCAUUGGAAACAGCAGUGUGGGCAAGACAUCUUUCCUCUUCCGCUAUGCAGACGACUCCUUCACGCCUGCCUUUGUCAGCACUGUAGGAAUCGACUUCAAGGUCAAGACCAUCUACCGGAAUGAUAAGAGGAUCAAGCUGCAGAUCUGGGACACAGCGGGGCAAGAGCGGUACCGGACCAUCACGACAGCCUAUUACCGGGGCGCCAUGGGCUUCAUCCUCAUGUAUGACAUCACCAACGAGGAGUCCUUCAAUGCAGUGCAGGACUGGUCAACGCAGAUCAAGACAUACUCAUGGGACAAUGCCCAGGUGCUGCUGGUGGGGAACAAGUGUGACAUGGAGGAUGAGCGGGUGGUGUCAUCAGAACGUGGUCGGCAGCUGGCUGACCACCUGGGGUUCGAGUUCUUUGAGGCAAGCGCCAAGGACAACAUUAACGUCAAGCAGACCUUUGAGCGCCUGGUGGAUGUCAUCUGCGAGAAGAUGUCGGAGUCACUGGACACGGCCGACCCCGCAGUCACGGGCGCCAAGCAGGGCCCACAGCUCACGGACCAGCAGGCGCCCCCGCACCAGGACUGCGCCUGCUGAGAGCUGCCCUGCCCCAGCCUGGCCCCGCCCCCUGCCCGCCCCCUGGGCCUGAGCCAGGGCCCCCUAUUGGCCGUGGGCGUGAGUCCCCUGCCCUGAUUUAGCCCCUUACCCUAUUUAUUAUCGUAGCUAUUUAUUUAUUUAUUGGAGAUGUCCCCCAGGGGCUUGGGCGCCCCACCUGCUCUGCGCCCCACCCUGUACAUACAGCCCUAUUCCCGCUCUGCCGUGGCGUGUUGUGGCCCCGUGAACUCACCACUUACCCUUCUCUCCAGACCCCACCUUUUUAUAAAUUCACCCCCAUCAACAGUUAUCGGUUUUGAAGAGGGGGCCAGAGGACACUCCAGGGCAGGCUGAUCCGGUGAUGGGAGGUAGCCAGGCCUGCCAGCCCCCAGCUGCGACAGGGUGGGCCAAGGUAGCUGCGGGCUUCUUAGCAUGGACUAUGGAGUGGGUCAGAGCCGGGAAACGGUCUGCCUGGCUUCUCGCCCCCAAGGUUGUACCUAUUUUGGGAUUUAGGGGGGAUGGCUGCUGUGGGUAUUCAGCACCUUGAGACAGCCCCCUGUACCAGACCUGUUCUGAUGUCAUGAGUGUCAAACAUGCCCCCCAGUCCCCCCAGGAGAUGUCAUGACAACACUACACACACCCAAUAAAGCAAAUGGACGA